CAUUUAAACAAGGCCACCUCAACAAGUCUUUCAUUUUUCUUUCUCUUUCUGCGGAUCAAAACACAUACACGUUCCUUCUCUCUCUUUCUCUCUUUCUCUCUUUCUCACUCACUCUUCAACACUCCAAUUCACAAUACUCACAAACCUAACAAGAUGCGAAUUCCGAUCAACCACCGUUUCCAAAACCUCAUCACACAUUACUCCUCCAAUUCCCGCCACGUCUCCACCUGUAGAGCCGUUCUUCUCACCGAGUUCGGCGGAACUCACAACCUCCACAUUCAACCCGACGUCGAAGUCCCUCCUCUCAAACCUCACGAAGUCCUCGUCCGCUCUCGCGCCGUUUCCGUCAAUCCUCUAGACACUCGAAUGCGUGCUGGUUAUGGUCGUUCAAUCUUUGAGCGGCUUCUGCCUUUGAUUUUGGGCCGUGAUGUGAGCGGCGAGGUGGCGGCGGUUGGUGCUUCGGUCAAGUCGGUGAGUGUUGGACAACAGGUGUUUGGGGCUUUGCAUCCGACUGCUAUUAGGGGGACUUAUGCUGACUAUGCGAUUCUUUCUCAAGACGAGGUUACUGUGAAACCAGAUUCACUUUCUCAUGUGGAAGCAAGUGCCAUUCCUUUUGCUGCACUGACAGCUUGGCGUGCUCUGAGUGGUACUGCUAGAAUAACUGAGGGGCAAAGGAUAUUUGUAGUGGGAGGUGGAGGAGCUGUAGGGUUUGCUGCUAUUCAGAUUGCAGUAGCUGCUGGUUGCGCUGUCACAACUACUUGUGGACCUCUAAGCGUUGAUCGGAUGUUAGCAGCCGGUGCUGAGCAAGCUAUUAAUUUUCUUUCUGAGAAUUAUGAAUUGGCUAUAAAGGGAAAGUUUGAUGCUGUCUUGGACACAAUUGGUGAGCCAGAGACAGAACAUAUGAGCAUUAAUUUUCUGAAAAAAGGUGGACAUUAUAUGACACUUCAGGGUGAAGCAGCUACAUUGUCUGAUAGCUUUGGUCUGGCUCUUGGGCUUCCCGCAGCUACAGUUUUUUUAUUGAAAAAACAGCUUGAAUACCGAUACGUUAAUGAAAUAGAAUACUCAUGGGUAGUCAUGAGGGCUGACUUAGACGGUUUGAUUGAGAUUCGAAAGCUAUGUGAAGCGGGAAAGAUGAAGAUACCUGUUGAUAAAACGUUUCCCAUAACACAAGUUAAAGAAGCUCACGAUGCAAAAGACAGGAGAAUCAUUCAAGGCAAAGUGGUGCUAGAAUUUGAUUGAAAACCUCAAGCUCAUAACAGGGAGUUGCUUAAUCUAGAUUUUCCGUCUCCUCUUCAGUGGAUUGUUCCACAAUUAAUUGAAAAAUAGACAGUUUUUUUACUGUAUGAUAGAAAAUGAAACUUUUUGUAAAUUUUGAUUCAUAAUAUCCAAUCACCAAAAACUGUAAAUUUGUUGAGAAUUUUGUGUGAUGCUUGGGAUUGUAUACAACUGUUCUGUUUAUAGUCAUGUCCAGUUGAUAAAGGUGUGACUAUGGCUUUCAUUCCUCAAUAAAUCCAAUGUGUUAGUUGUACUUA